AUGAGUUUAUUUAAUCUUUUCGACUAUUCAAUUGAAGAAAUAACAAAUUCAAGUAAUAUUAUUGAUAAUGACGACGAUGAUAGUGAAAAUGGUGAAUUUAAUUCUGGUAAAAGAUUGCUCAAUUCUGGUGAAUUUGGAUGUGCAAAAAUAGGUCCUUCGCACGAAAAGACAUUGAAUGGAAUUAAACUAUUUUCAAAAAAUAUUUGUAGUCAAUUAUUGUUACGUGAAUUGGUUCCAAGAGAAAUUUCUAACCUACCAUUUAGAAAAAAAUUCAUUCCAAACACUAAUGGAAAAGUGAUUCUUCGAUAUGCUGAACCUGCAUAUUCUGGACAAUAUUCUCAAGAUGGCUCAUUAUUCUACUCUUGUAGUAAAGAUUUUCGUGUUCGCAUAUAUGAUACAAAUGAUCCACAGGAUCCUAAAGAAAUUAAAGUUAUCAGCGGGGAGGAAUUUGGAAGAUGGACGAUAACGGAUGCUAAUCUAAGUAAUGAUAAUAAAUGGAUAGCAUACAGUAGUAUAACACCAUCUGUAUGUCUAGCAAAGACUGAUGUUGAAGAAGAUUACCAAACAAUUUUAGAUUUUGACAAUGGUGAAUUAUAUGCGGCAAGUAAUGAUAUAUUGUGGUCUAUUCGAUUUUCCAAUGAUUCUAGAGAACUCGUUGGUGGUGGUUCUAAAGUAAUUCUUGAAAUUGAUGGCCAUAAGGAUCAUGUUAAUGCAGUGUGCUUUGCUGAUGAUUCAUCGCAUGUUCUUUUCAGUGGCAGCGAUGACUCUUUAAUUAAAGUUUGGGAUCGACGGUCAAUGCAUAAUGAAAAAGAAUGUGGUGUAUUAGUUGGUCAUACUGAGGGUUUGACAUAUGUAUCAUCGAAGGGUGAUGGUAGAUAUUGUUUAUCAAACGGCAAAGAUCAAAAAAUGAAAUUAUGGGACAUAAGAAAAAUGAUGUCGGGUGACCAAUAUAAAAGACUACCUCCAGUAAAUCUUCGACGUAGAAAAUGGGAUUAUAGGCAUAUGAGAUAUCCGGGAGAUAUAUAUUUUGAACAUCCACAAAAUGUAUCUGUUAUGACUUAUCGAGGCCAUAGUGUACUAAGGACAUUGAUUCGUUGUCAUUUCUCACCUGCUAGCACUGGUCACAGCUAUUUAUAUACAGGUUCUGAAGAUGGUUGUAUUAGACUAUUACUUUAUAGACCAGUUACUAGGGAUGCUAGUUGGCACCCUUAUUUACCUAUUAUAAGUUCAACCAAUUGGUCUGGUUCAAAUUUAACUUUGGGAACCAUUGUUUUGCAUUCUUAUAGUGAGCCUGAUUCAGAUAUUUGUUGA